ACCGGACGUAAGGCAACUCAUUAAACGUAACUUAAUCGCAGCUUCGCGUCCGUGUAUCACGCGUUUCAUCAUUCACAAGUUGUCUGUUGCACAUUUAUACAAACACACACGAGCAGAGAGAGAGAGAGCCAGAGAGAUUCUAAGAGAGAGAUACAGUGAGUUAUACGAUGGCGUUUUGAGCGUUUUUGAGGUUGUCGAUGAGCUAAAACUCUCCGAUGAUGGCGAUCACCGAGGAAAAUCCACCGUCUGACGGGAAAGUUUGGGGGCUUUUCAAGCUUCCGUUCCGAAACAGCGCUAAUUCGAGCAAUACGACGCCGUCUUCGUCGCAGAAUCACCAGCGUCACCAGAAUCAGCAGGUUCUGAGUCAAAGUAACGGAUCAAUUGACGGCGUUAAUAGUCAAAGUAGUAGUUCGAGCAGUUCUGUGUCAUCUGUUGCUAGAUCUCUCAUUCCCACACGACGUCGUUUGCGUCUUGAUCCUUCUAAUAAGCUCUAUUUUCCUUACGAACCUGGCAAACAAGUCCGGAGUGCGAUUGGGAUUAAAAAUACAAGCAAAUCUCAUGUAGCUUUUAAGUUCCAAACAACUGCACCAAAGAGCUGUUUUAUGCGUCCUCCAGGGGCAAUUCUUGCUCCUGGCGAGAGUCUUAUAGCUACUGUAUUUAAAUUUGUGGAGAAUCCGGAGAACAAUGAAAAGCCAAUGGAUCAGAAAAGCAGGGUGAAGUUUAAGAUCAUGAGCCUGAAGGUGAAAGGACCGAUGGACUAUGUACCUGAGCUGUUUGAUGAACAAAAGGAUCAAGUUGCUGUUGAGCAGAUAUUACGGGUUGUAUUUCUUGAUGUGGAACGUCCUACUCCUGCUCUUGAGAAAUUAAAACGUCAGCUGGCUGAAGCUGAGGCUGCUGUUGAGUCUCGCAAAAAACCUCCAGAAGAAACAGGUCCAAAGAUUAUUGGCGAAGGACUGGUCAUAGAUGAAUGGAAAGAAAGAAGAGAAAGAUAUCUUGCUCGACAGCAGGUGGAGGGAGUAGAUUCAGUAUAAAUUGUUUGUUUAUGCCUUUAUGGUGUUGCUUCAAGUGCCUAUUGCUCUGUUGUAAUAUUAUUGAAAUGUAUCGUUCUUGGCCCUUCAUAUUUUUUUAUUGCAACUGUGAAGGACUUUUUGUGUGUUUAAAGAAGUUCAAAAGAAGACCUGAGGAGUUUGGUUUGUAA